AUGGACGAGCAUGCACCCAUCGUCUACGACCUAACAUCCUACAAGGAAGAAACAAAGUCCUGGAACGACGACCCCUCCGCCUACCUCUUGCGAUACUAUACCAAGCAAUACUUUCUCGCAACCAACGGCAAGGACCUAAAACAAAAUUCCACAACCCAAACACUUCAAAAGAUCAUCGACCUCCAAACCGGUCUCGAAGUUCUUCGAGGCGACCAAUACGUCUACCAAUCCCCUAACAAACUCUGCAUCAUCGGUCUCGCACCCACCCACCCACUCCUCGCCCAACCAGACCGGUACAAAGUCCUCAACAUCUGCUUUGAUCCAAAGAUUGCGGGGGCCUUACCGCAACCGACGGCUAUACCUGCGAAUUCCAAGAAGCAGCCCCCACCGUCCUGUCAUUCGGAGACUGUUGUUUGCAAGAUCGAGGCAAGGGACCUUUGGGUUGCUGAAGGAUCUGUGGAACCAGCCAUGAAGGAGGAAGCGGAGCAAAAUAUUGAGGUCAAGUCAGAAGAAAAGAACAGGGAUCAGGAUAUCACCAUGACAGUAAGCGACUCUGUAGCCCAAUCACCUGCUCCUUCCACUACCACCACCACCACCACCACCACCAACUCCACAGCAACCUCCAGAUCAACAACCCCCGCAUCACAACUGGAGAAGCGCACAGAAUCAGUCGACCCCACACGCGUCAUCUUUGUGGUCCGCGGAUCCAUCAGUGGCCAUGUGAUCGAACUCAAUGAGCGCCUUCUGAGACGUGGAACUUCAGAAAUCACUGACCCCCUCGUCAUCCAGACCAUGCUCACGAAGGCAUCAACGCAUGGGUUCAUUGCAGUGGUGAGACCAAAGGUCGACAAGACAGAGAUUGCGCUCAAGGACUUGUGCACAAUGGACGACUACAACCUCUUGCGUGAAGGCGAACCCCUUCCUUCCUCUACUGCUAAGGUCACCGCCACUGGAAUUACUGCAACACAGCAAGAGUGA